AUGUCUCUACCGUCGACCUGGCGCCAGUUCCAGCUCUUCGACUUUCUUCCCAUCAGAGACCCUAACUAUCAGCUGGAGUUUCCCCUCUUUUCCGAUCCGUCGUUAUCUGCCAUCACCUCGUCACAGUCCUAUAUCGUUUUCGCUUAUCAGAAUGCUUACAUACGACUUAUCGACAAGAAACUGUUGCAGCUGAUAAGGCUGUUCUGUGCUUAUGAUUUAGAAUACAGAAUCACCUUCGCUAAGCCAUUGCUUCACCUGAAUUUGUUGGUGACCUUGGCAGAAGCUCAGGGCAUGCCUGCUGUUAUAAAGGUGUGGGAUCUCAACAAGAUUACUCAAUUGAGCCCGAGCACAGUCAACGACGACGAUGCUAUGAAACACAAGUUUGUUACGAAAGUUCUUGUUCACGAGGGAGACAACUCCUACCCUGUUUCGUGUUUUGCUUUCAACGAUUCGUUGACAUGUGUCGCAAUCGGCUACACCAACGGUAAGGUCAUUCUUGUCCGAGGCGAUAUGCUCAGGGAUCGAGGGGCGAAGCAGAGAGUCAUCUAUGAAAGUAUUGAUCCCAUUACGGGCAUCCACUUUAACAGAUUCGAGGAGAUCAUCUACGUUACUACAAUUUCGAAAGUUCUCACAGUUCUCACGACAGGAAGAAACCAGGGCAAGCCUCAUCGCGUGUUAUCGAAGAACCAGGGCGUUGACCUUGACUGCUCUGAUUUGGAAUAUCGGUCAUCGAAGUUGAUCACGGGUAACACCGAGGACUUGAAGUUCUUCAACCAUGUGAGCAGAUCUAGCGUCAUCAAUUUCAAUGUUCCAAAAAAGAAGAUUCUCCGUCUUUUCAAAGACUACUUAUUGAUAGUGUGUCCAAUUGAGGAGACAAGCGAUGGUGGUACCUCCAAAACACUCACCCGUUUGCUUAUCUUGGACCUAAAAAACAUGCAUAUUUCUUUCAGUUUGACCAUUCCCAACCUGACCAUUUCCCAUGUGUUUGCCUCUAACAACGACAAUAAUGUCUUUUUGCUUUCCACAGAUGGUGUUUUGUACAAGCUUCAUGAAAAGCCAAUCAACCAGCAAUUGGAAACGAUUUUGCAACGAGAACUUUUCAGCAUUGCACUCAACCUCGCUGCACAAAAUCAACUUGACGACUCAACUCUUUUGAGAAUCUACAGACUUUUUGGUGAUCAUCUUUAUGAAAAAGGAGAUUUCGACGGCGCGAUCGACAAGUACAUUCAAUGUCUUCGAUUCUACAGUAAAGAGUCAACUAAAAGAGACGAUGCGGACGAUGACAACAUGGAUGAUUUCAUCAUUAGUGUUGUGAUGGGUUUCAAGCAAGUCUCCAACAUACAAAACAUGACCAGCUUCUUGGCUGAAUUGCACAAGUUGGGCUUGGCCGAUAGCGACCAUGUCACAUUGCUAGUUUGUUGUUAUUGCAAACUCAAGAUGACGAAAGAGAUCGAUAAUUUCAUUGCUGAAAUCAAACCCGAGGGCGAGAAACAAACAGACAGUAAGUCUAGACUUGACUACGACUCCUUGAAUUAUUCGCUUUUCAUAAAUCUUUUCAAAGAAUGCGGCUAUUAUCAUCAAGUUACCCAACUAUUGUUGAAGCUUGAUCGACCACAUACUAUUGUGGACAUACAGUUAAAUGAUCUCGGCCAGCAUGAAAAGUGUAUCACCUAUAUCAGGUCCUUACCUGUUGACGAAUUACUUCGAAUUCUUAUCGACUUCCUGGAGGCGCUUCUCAGGUACAAACCCAUGGAAACCACAGAACUUUUGAUCAACGUCUUCACUGGUCAAUACAAACCCGACAAGAAGCUGGACUUUUUUGAGAACUCUCAUGUCGCAGCAGAUGUGGUUGAACAAAAAUCCAACCCUGCAAUCUCCUCUUACGGGGCUUUUUUGAACUAUCUCGCUGGGUCAACGACGGAGCAGGCUAAUGGAGCAGAUGAAGUUCAGAUUGAUGAGCCCACUUACUUACCUCCAAGACCAAGCCUUGUUUUCCACUGCUUUAUUGGUCACGAACGCGAGUUUGUUGUGUUUCUUGAAGCAUGUCUUCAAACCUUCGAUAAGUAUCAGGGCAAUGUGAACGACAAGCAGGACUUGCUCAUUACCUUGUUUGAGAUUUAUCUCUCGAUGGCUUCAAAAGAUCAACAGCAGGCUAGUGAUUGGAACGAAAAGGCAAAAACCUUACUCAUCGAGAAUAAGGAUCUCAUUGACAAGUCAAAGGCCUUGUUGAUCUCGCACAUGUACUACUUCGAGGACGGUAUCAACAUUGUCAACGAGACAAAUGAAAACUUUGAGGAAUCGCUAUUCCGGUCGCGUCAGUUGGAUGGUGAUAUUCAUGGAUGUCUUGAAGUUGUUCACAAGCACGGUGAGAACAAACCAAAAUUGUACGCACUUAUGCUUAAGUUCUUGGGCAAGUCUCAGGAAAAGAUUGACGAUUUACCGAAAAAGGAAUUCCACUUGCUUCUAGAGAAGAUCAAGAAGCAUAGGCUCCUCACGCCAUUGGAAAUUGUCAAAGCCCUAAGUCCGAACCCAAAUGCUACUAUUGGUAUGGUCAGAGACUACUUGAUUGACCAUUUUGAGCAAACCAACAAGCACAUCGACAACAAUGAGAAGUUGAUCUCUUCCUACGAGAAGGACUCCACCAAGAACAGUCUUGCUCUCACUGAACUCACCUCCAACCCAGUGGUUGCGAAUAAUGCAAAAUGCAAUGGCUGCGAGUUGCAUCUCGAGUUCCCUGUGAUCUACUUCAAAUGCAAACAUGCCUACCAUCAGCGUUGCUUGAACGAAAAUACUUAUAUUCCAGAGUCUUCGGAGAAUGGUGACAAUGAUCCAAAGUGCCCGAUCUGUGUCAAUGACUUGAGUUCUUUGGAGGCGGCUCGCGAAAGACAGCUUCACAUGAAGGAGGAAACUGAAAUUUUUGAGCAAGAGCUAAAAGACGCCGACGACAAGUUCAAGGUCAUGUGUGACUACAUUGGUAAAGGAAUCAUGGAGUGA